CAGAGCGCAGUUGUUCCCCAUCCAGUCCGGUGCAGUGUUUGCAAACACCUUGAGCACAGAGCGAGAGAAGAAGGGGGGGAUCAUUCACUCACUGACGGACGAACGGACCCAUCUUCUUCUUCUACCGCUACUUUACACCUUCGUCUACUUCUUCGUGGCAUCGCUGUGGAUCGCUCUCACCCAUCUUUCCUCUCGGUCUCCGUCUUUUUGGGUGUUUUCUACCUGAGAUAAAGUGCAGCUAAAUAUUUUUAAACACGCUCGGGAAAAAUGGAUGUUCUACCCAUGUGCAGCAUCUUUCAAGAACUUCAAAUAGUUCACGACACGGGCUAUUUCUCAGCCUUACCGUCACUGGAGGAGUACUGGCAGCAGACAUGCCUGGAGUUGGAGCGCUACCUGCAGAGCGAGCCUUACGUUUCCACGUCUGAUCUCAAGUUCGAUGGCCAGGAAGACCUCUGGAGCAAGCUGAUCUUGGCAUGUGGGGACAAAGCCAAGUCUGAGUGUGACCCCACGCUGCCCCGCGCCCAUGAGGAGGACAAUCAGGACAGCCAAAUCUUGGACACCAACAGUGUGAAUUCUGACGCCAGCAGCGAAGCUUCAGACAGUUCUGAGGAGCUCUCGCCUACACACAGCUUUACCUCCAACCCUCUGGGCUCCGUCCUGGUUGGCUCUGGACCUUUUAGCCCCUCUGUCAUUAGCACUCCGCCGUCCUCUCCAGAGGCCAACUCGGAGCUCGGUGGCGUGACGAACCGCUGGGUCGCAGCACACGCAGAGCUGCACUUGCCAGUCAAAAUCAGGAGUGGUGGGGUGGCAAAAAGUACAGAAAAAACUGGACUCAUCUGCGGGGAUGCUUCUCCUGACGGCAGGAGGCGGAUACACAGGUGUCAGUUCAACGGGUGUCGCAAGGUUUACACGAAGAGCUCGCACCUAAAAGCACACCAGCGCACUCAUACAGGUGAGAAACCGUACAGGUGUUCAUGGGAGGGCUGUGAGUGGCGUUUUGCACGAAGCGACGAGCUGACCAGACACUUCAGGAAGCACACUGGGGCAAAGCCAUUUAAAUGCAGUCACUGUGACAGAUGUUUCUCCAGGUCCGACCAUCUGGCCCUCCACAUGAAGAGGCACAUCUAAAGCAGAAGGGAGCGCCAACCAAGCAACGCAGCAAAGUUUUUUUUUUUUUAAACAAAAAAAAAAAAAAAAAAAAAAAAAAAACUAAACGCAGUCUCCCGACCAUGCAGUCUCUUGGUUGAACUGUCCCAGAGCGGAGUGGCGGGAGUGUGUUCCAGCCAAAGCAUGCCGUUUUGCACCGUACUGAAACCCAGUGCCUCCGGGACCUCUCUUUGGAGAAAGGCGCUCUGAAGGUUGUCUGUUGCAACAAGAGGACAAAAUCAUAAAUGGGGAAGAAGAGGAAGAAAUCUUUUUUGAUUCUGAGAAGGACACAUACAGAUAAAAAAAGAAAAAAAAAAAAAAAGAGUGAAUGACUUGUGUGUAUGGUGCAUGAUGUUUUGGGGACAUCUCCCGGACAGCAGAUACACUGGUACUUUAUGAAACUGUCUGAGGUAAGCAUGUGUGCACUGUGAAUGUCUGAGAUUGGAUCACCGGCCCCCAAGGAGAGAAGAUUUCUGGGAAAAGAGAUGGAUUGAUGAGUGAUUGAUGGAUGGAGCGGGGCUGGCUCCAAUUUUGCUGUGGACUGAGUGGGUUUCUGGGGUUCCAUUUGUGUUCCCCUGGAGGCAGGAUGGAGGUUCCUGCCUGUCUGUCUGGCACCCAGAUCGGGGACAGGGGGGCUUUUCGAGGCUUUGGAGGCCUUGGGUUUGUGACCCUAGGACCCAAACUCGCCCCUCCCACUGGUCACUGUAUGACAGGAGCUUUUUUUGGUGUUUUUGGUGCAGCUACUAAAUGUGCAAUGUGUUAUGUAGCCUGGUUUAUUAUUUUUUUACAAGCUACAAAGCUCAUUUGUAGUCCAAUUGUAUAAGCUGUGUGCUUAGAGGUAUAACACAACUAUACUAUAACUUCAGUAUCAUAGACAGGUGUUGCAUGGUUCUAGGGUUUGUUCAUUUCAUGUUUCCACUGUAAUCAGGACUGCAAAUAGUUUCAAUAAAAGUGCAGCUAAAGUGCGAACGGUUAAAUGUUACAAUAUUGUACAUAAAGCCUUGAUGAUUUCCUCUUUUUUAGUUAUCACCUUCACUCUCAUCUGGCUGGAGAUUUCACCAUUGCUUCCUCAUUUUCUCAUUCAUCAUACGCCUUCAGGAGUUGAGUUUUUUGACUUUUUCAUUUUCUAUCUAAUAAUGCACUGUUGACCUUAAUGGUGCCUUAUGCAAGUGACUCAGCCCGGAGGCAGCGGGGGGUUUUUAAGCUCUCUCGGGAAGUCACAUUUGUUGUAUGGGUGAUUUGACAAGCUCGAUCAAGGCUCAAUUACAGAUUAGCUUGCACCUCUUUGUGUUUAAUGACAGUUAUUUUCAUCCAUUUCCAGCGUUAAUUGUGUUGUUAAAAAGGAAAUGUUCCUAAAAGCACCUUUUCUCAGUCGAUUGAGUUCUGUUUUUGAAAAUCACCAGUUUAGUUCAAUGUUAACAAGAAAAUGCUGUAUGUUAAGAGCACUUAAAUUCAUUUAUUAAAGAUGUUAACUACUGUGUAGUAUGUUUUCAAGUCUAUCACACACAGAUCUAAGCUAGAGGUGCAAGAAUUAGUUGAUAAAUUGAGCAAAAGAAAGAAUUGUGGUGUUUGAUUGAUCAUAUGGACAUUUUUAAACAAAAUGUUCAUUAUUUUCAUGUUUCAGUUUUGUAAAAGUGAGGAUUUUGCUGCUUUUAUUGUCAUGAUCAAAGUAAAUGAAGAGUGUUUUUGGUUUUUGACGGUUCUUGUACAAAUGAGCUAUUUAAAGACUUCUGACCAAACUAUUAACUUUGAAGUAAUGGUAAGUUGCAGCUCUUCCCUGAGGUACCAAAAAAAACGAUCAAGAUGAAUAUAAAUGGCUUUCUGGUUUAGAUGCUCCUUUUUCCUGUAUUCCACUGUCACCAUCCUCUCCUCCCCGUUCCCUUUCGUCCCUGCAAGUGGGACCGAAGAAAACGCUAAAGAUUUAUUGUAAUUAACAGGCUGCAGUCGGACAGGCCUCGCCUUGUACUGCCUCUCCGUAAUGAAUUGCUAAAGGCUUUGUUGGCAUGGAAUCUGUCACAGACUGCUGACUGUGUAGGUUGGUUAUUGACCAGUCUGGGGAGCGUUGUUUUAGCCGAGCUGCUACAGUGUUAUGAAAACCACAGGAGCAGGCAAGAGAGGGGGAGGAGAUACAGAUCAAACAUCGAUGGUGCAGGUGGAAAUUUGUCAAAAAUCCCAUGACAGCAUCUCCCUUUGAGGAAAAUCUAGAUUGUAUUGGUGGUGGAGGAUGACUAGAUCGUUCUCAGCACUGUUUCAGUUUAAACUGAUCCACUCGAGUUCAGACACCUUGCCGUAAGAGUUCAACGUUGCGGCACGUCGCACCGCGGCAUGCUACAACUUAUGGAUUUCAGAUCGGCGGGUGGAGGAGACAGGAUGAGUACAAACUUGAAACUGCUUGCUGCGAUAGAUUUGGGAGUUGCUGGCACGGCCUUUUGUGGCUGAGAGGAAAAGAACAUCUAUUCAAUGAGAACAGAAGCCAAUAUUGUUCAAGAAGUAAUUGAGCCUUGAUUUAGCUCCAUGUUUGCUCGCAUCUUUUACACUUUUCAUCAUCUCUUUCAUCCCACAACUACCCAAACUCUUCUGUCACACACACAAACACACAGCUCUUUGUUCUCAACUGAAUCUUUGUAUAAAAUGAAAAAAAAAACAACUUUUGUAAAAUUGUUAUGUUUAUGCUUUAUGAAAUUUUUAUUUGAAAUUGUUUUGCAAAAUUGUUAUAUUUCUGUAUGAAUGUAUUUUUUAUUGGAAUAAUAAGAAAUUCUUAUCUGA